CCCCCGCCGCCCGGACCCCCGCCCCUCAGGCCCACUUCCGCCUAGUCCCGGGAGGGUGGAAAGCGGGCGUGGGGAGACAGAUGGCAGGAGGAAGGGGCGAGGGAGAGACGGGCGGGGGGACGGUCCCUGUUGGGGAGGGGCAUUGCGCCGCGAGUCUGCGUGUGCGCGUGCGCGCGCGUGGGUCGGGUCCGGUGCGGGCUGCGCGGGUGCGAGCGGUCUCUGCGCCUGCGGGCCGACGCCAGUUUGUCCCCGGGAGGCGGCGCCGCGUUCUGCGCCCGCACGGUGCGCGCUUGUGUGCAGGGCUGCGCUCAGGCCUUCGCGCUGGGCGUCCUUGCCUUCGCCGCUGCGGGUCAGUCUCCAUUUGUGUGUCGGUGCACGGUUUAUUUUUGUUUCUGGAGAGUAAACUCCUGGAGGAAUUACGGAGCCCGCCUGCGGUCACCUGGCUUACAUCGAGGCCCGCCCCCUUCUCUCGGCAGCCUAGGGCCUCGGCCUGAGCCGCCAUGGCGCAGCCCCCAGCCCCAGCCACCCUCCCGCACACACUGCUGCUCCUGCCAGCCCUUCUGAGCUCAGGUUGGGGGGAAUUGGCGCCAGAAAUUGACGGUCAGACCUGGGCUGAGAAGGCACUUCGGGAGAACGAACGGCACGCCUUCACCUGCCGGGUGGCAGGGGGGCCUGGAACCCCCCGAUUGGCCUGGUACCUGGAUGGACAGCUGCAGGAAGCCAGCACCUCGAGACUGCUGAGCGUGGGCGGGGAAGCCUUCUCUGGAGGCACCAGCACCUUCACUGUUACUGCCCACAGGGCCCAGCAUGAGCUUAACUGCUCCUUGCAGGACCCCCGCAGUGGCCAGUCAGCCAAUGCCUCCGUCAUCCUCAAUGUGCAAUUUAAACCAGAGAUUGCCCAGGUCGGGGCCAAGUACCAGGAAGCUCAGGGUCCAGGCCUCCUGGUUGUCCUUUUUGCCCUGGUGCGUGCCAACCCACCUGCCAAUGUGACCUGGAUCGACCAGGAUGGGCCAGUGACUGUCAACGCCUCCGACUUCCUGGUGCUGGAUGCCCAGAACUACCCUUGGCUCACCAACCACACCGUGCAGCUGCAGCUCCGCAGCCUGGCACACAACCUCUCCGUGGUGGCCACCAACAACGUGGGUGUCACCAGCGCCUCGCUUCCGGCCCCGGGUGAGCACUGCCAGCAACUGGCCCAGCAAAGCCUCAGGGCUUCUGGCCACCCGAGUGGAAGUGCCACUGCUGGGCAUUGUUGUGGCUGGAGGGCUUGCCCUGGGCACCCUGGUGGGUUUCAGCACCUUGGUGGCCUGCCUGGUCUGCAGGAAAGAGAAGACGACGAAAGUGACUCCAACAACCUGAAACUCAACAACGUGCGGCUGCCACGGGAGAACAUGUCCCUCCCGUCCAACCUUCAGCUCAAUGACCUCACUCCGGAUUCCAGAGCAGGGAAGCCAGCAGACCGGCAGAUGGCUCAGAAUAACAGCCGCCCAGAGCUGCUGGACCCGGAGCCCGGUGGCCUCCUCACCAGCCGAGGUUUCAUCCGGCUCCCCAUGCUGGGCUAUAUCUAUCGAGUGUCCAGUGUGAGCAGUGAUGAGAUCUGGCUCUGAGCAGGGUGAGAUGGGGGAGUGCCCUCUUGGCUUCCGGGCCCCCUCCUCCUCCUCCGAGGCUACCUCUGCCUGGCUCUGUAGCCGUUGUGAAGAGGUCAUGCCCCUGCUACUUUUGCUUGCCCUCCUGGCUGGGGCACCCUCUGUGUCAUCCACAUGACGUCUUUCACUGGGAUCUGACCCUCGGGGGCACAGGUGUCUUGGCAGAGCCACCAGCUGGACCUCAGCCCCUUGUUCUAACUCAGGUAGGGGGGCCUUCACUGUCGUGUGUGCCCCGGCAGGUGGCACCCUUUGUGCGGGUGUGUUUGCAGGUCAUCGGGCAUCUGAGUGUGGUAGGGCCCUGCUGGCCUGGGCCUGCUCUACCAGCACUCUUCGCACUUUGUACGGCAGGCACGGGGGCGUGCGCGGUUGGGGGGACAGGGAGGGCCCUGCAUGUCUUCAGUUUCUUCCCCAUGCUGUGCAGCUUUGUUCCCUCAGGGAAAAUUUAGGACCCUGAUAGCUGUAUCAAACCAAACUGCCCUUUGCACGGGAACCAACCUCCGGCCCAGGGGCAGUGGCCAAGCACAAACCAGUCCCUUUUGCUACAUGCCUCUCUGCCCUUCUCUGUCUCUGCCUCCUCUUGGGCAUCAUACAUUAUACAUGGGACCUUCUCCAUUUCUCCACGGGGCACUAGACUUCCCCAUUGACCUAGCCCUGGCGGUCCAGGGCCUGGUGUUAGCACAAGCCAGGAGGAAAAGAGGGAGGCGGGAAGUCCAGUGGCACCCAUGCAGCAUGUAGCUAUGCAUCUUUUUCUUACAGUGUUAGCACUUUAAGAACCCCCUGGGGAGGGGUGAGUGAGGGCCCCAGAGCCCUCUCUGUGGCUUCCCCAAGUCUGGCCUUCCUCUGAUUCACUGUGAGUGUCCUGAGCCCUCAGGGUUGAGAGUCUCCCUCUCAACCAGUCUCCCUCCUCCCCACCAUGGGACCCCAUGACCAGCCCCUGACUGCCUCAUCCACAGGAAGCCGCUCUUCCUGUCCUACCCUCUGUUCCUCAGGGGAUGGUCAUAGUGGCAUGUUAUUUGACAGGGAUAGAAGCUUUUAGGGGAAUAUGGAGAAAGAGGGGGGACCACGUACCCCAAAACAACCUAAGAACUCUUUGGAAAGCAAUAUGGAAAUGAUAGCAAAUUAUUAUAGUGCAGAGUAUAUUUUUCCCUUGUUGAUACCUUGUUUUAUAAUUUUUCUCAUGUUACUGCCUAGGACAGUGCUGAGCACACAGUAAAUUUAAUAAACUUGACUGAGUGAAUGUUA